UAUAUUUUUAUUGGCUAUACAUUAUUAUGUAGAUAACAACAAUAACAUAAUAGAACAAAUAAACAAAAAGAGUUGUUUCCAAUAAAAUGAUAUGUGAUGCUUGUCACUGCAAUACUCAAUGCUCAGAAAAUUUUAAAUUCAUAAGCGAAGGAAACAUUCACAUAAUGUGGUAUCCUUCUUCAUUUUCACAAUCAAGGCUAGGAAAUGAAAAUUCAGAAGGAAGUAAUGCUUGUACCAUCAUUGUUCUACUUAUUGCUACAAAUAUUAGAAACUCUAAUGUUCGCGUACAGUGUUUGUUCAGUUCACCUACAAAAGAAACUUUAAUAAAUUUAUUCUCAAAAGCAAUUUUAGAAGGAAACGCAAUACAUAGAAAUUUAUUUAAGGCUGGUUUACUAAGAAACGUAAACCUUACUGUGCCAGAAGCAAUGGCAGCUAGUAAAUCAUCAUUAGGAACUAUGUCAGAAUGGAAAAGUUCAGUUUAUUUUAACGAUAUCAAGAAGAACUUGUAUAGAGAAAUGGACCGCCACAUAAUAGAAUGGUAUAAAAAUCCCCCUUGCUGUGAUAACAAAAGUCUGUACAUGGUAUUAAUUGCUCACAGUAAAUCAGUUUUGUUUGUAUUACAGCUUGACAUGAAUUGUGUGCUCUUGAUAGAUUCACACCAGCACGCCCCAUAUGGAGCAGUGAUGUCACAAGUGCGAAUAUCAAAAUUAGAAAAAUUAUGUUUAUGGUAUACUGAAAUGUUAUGUAGCGCGAUUGGAACAAAACCUGAAGCUUAUGAACUAAGUUUUCUUUACUUUAAAUGUGACACACGAAACUCAUAGUGGUGUAUAAUAACUUUUAAAUAUAAUAUCAAGGCAAAUCGAUGAGAAAUAUACGUUUUGUAUAAACGGGAUUUUUAUUAAUAAGCCCACAGCCGUUUAUUCUUUAUAAGAACAAAGUUGUUCGUAAAUAAGGGACUGAAGGGACAAAAAAAAUAAUACAUAUACAUUACGAAUUAUUAUAGUUUUAACCUGAUACUUUUACUCUUUACAAAAAUUUAAAAUUUCAAUAGUGUCUUACCAGAUUUUGAUCAUUCUGUAUACAGAUAAACUAUUUUUAUUGAAGUACCUCUAAUUACCAUUGUUUUAAAGGCAUAAUCGCCCAUUAUAUUACGCUGCAUUUUGACCUUAACGCACAAAAAGUUCCUUUUAAUAAUUAAGAAUAACAGCUUUGUUAUUCUUAAUAUUGCUCAAAUUUAUAUUGUUAUAAGCCUCUGAAAUAGUUUAAACUUUAUUUCAUAAUUAUAUUAACAGAGCAUCAAUAAUAAUGUGCUUAUUGAGACC